GCUGUUGGUGCUGUCCAGUUGGAGGAAACAAGGAUUGUGCUGCUCGGUCUUCCUGGAGAAGGGAAGAGUUCAUCAGGAAACACCAUCGUGGGAGAGGAACUGUUUAAGUCAGACUUGGACUUUAAUGCAGUCAGUACGGAGACUGUUUCAAAGUCAGCAGAGGUUGAGGGACGCUGGGUCACGGUGGUCGACACUCCAGGAUUCAGUGAUGAAGUUCUGUCUCCUGAAGAGCUGUACAACGAGAUUAUGAAGUCGCUAAUCUACGCCAGUCCAGGACCACAUGCCUUUGUUAUUGUGGUGAAGAUUGGCAGGAUGUCCAAAACCAACGUUGCCCUACUUGAGAUGCUACCGGAACUAUUUGGCGAUGAGGCCCAGAAGUACACCAUGCUGGUGUUCACUCAUGGAGACGAGUUGGGAGGUCAGUCCAUGGAUCAGAAGAUCCAGUCCAGCAGCUGUGUGUCAGCCCUGGUCUCCAUGUGUGCUGGGGGAUACUGUGUGUUUGACAACAAAGAAAGAAAAAGCCAAAGGCAAGUUCGCGACUUCAUGAAAAAAAUCAACGAGAUAGUGUCAGCCAACGAAGGAAAGCACUGCACAUCCGACAUGUUCAAGAUGGCCGAAACGUUCAUAAAGGAAGCUGUGAGAACCGGGACAGCUGGAAGCGACCAGGAACAGAGAGAAGCUGCACAGAGACGAAUGCAGCUUUUUGUUUCCCGGCGCUGGUGGAGGAUCUGCUGCUGUUUCACGUCAUGCUGUUGCUCAGCCAGUGGGUCAGAAGAUGAACAUGAGGCUCUUUUAACGGUCACAACAGAUUACAGGUCAUGUGAGAGACCGGUACAGAUUACAGGUCUGUCCACGUAGAAUCAUAACUGUAAAUAUAUAUUUUGACACUUAAAGUCCAGACACGACUAUAACAAUGAUAGUGGCCAACGCUGUCGUUGGGAUUGACUUUCAGAGCAAUUCAAUGAACGAUAAAAAGGAAGAGAAAGAAAAUAAGAAACAGAACAGCAGCUUUAGGUGUUUGUUUUUGUUGCAACAUUCCAUUACACUGCAUGAUAAAUGUCUCUAUAAAUAUUUUUUAUAAUGGUUAAAUCCACAGUGACUGAUGGACAUGCAGAGGACAUAAUGGAAACUGGACCAUUUAAUCUACAUAUUUUUAUACUUUAAUAUUUGGACCAAACCUUUAGAGUUUCAAGGAGCUGAGCUCAUAAAAU